AUGAACUUUUCUGUAAGUGCUUCCAACUCCUCAGGGGUUUCAGAGUUCCUCUUGAACUGCUUUGUCAAUUCUCCCAGCUGGCAGCUCUGGCUGUCCCUACCACUCAGUUUCCUCUUCAUCCUGGCCAUGGUAGCCAAUGCUGUUCUUCUUAUCACCAUUUGGAUGGAGUCCUCUCUGCACCAGCCCAUGUAUUACCUGCUCAGCCUCCUCUCCCUGCUGGACAUUGUGCUCUGUCUCACUGUCAUCCCUAAAGUCCUGGCCAUUUCUGGUCGGCUUCAUUACUGUGAGAGAAAUGUCAUUGAGAACUGCAUCUGUGCCAAUAUGUCUGUCUCAAGGCUCUCCUGUGAUGAUGUUACCAUCAAUCGCCUCUUCCAGUUUGCUGGAGGUUGGACCCUGUUAGGAUCUGACCUCAUUCUUAUCUUCCUCUCCUAUACCCUCAUACUGAGAGCGGUGCUGAAAAUCAAGGCAGAGGGAGCUGUGGCUAAGGCCCUAAAAACCUGUGGUUCCCACUUCAUCCUUAUCCUUUUCUUCAGUACCAUUCUCCUGGUCUUUGUUCUCACUCAUGUGACUAAGAGGAAAGUCUCCCCUGAUGUGCCAAUCUUGCUCAAUGUCCUUCAUCAUGUCAUCCCUGCAGCCCUUAACCCCAUUGUUUAUGGGGUGCGAACCCAGGAGAUCAAGCUUGGAAUCAAAAGAUUACUGAAGAAAGUGUGGCAAUAA